AUGAAUAAAAAGAUAUUUAGUUUAGUUUGCAUCGCCUUGUAUGCCAUUUUUGCUGUACCAAUACAUUGCUCCGAAGAGAACGUAUCUGAUGUAGGAAAUAAAAGCGUUUGUGGUACAAAAGAAAUAAACACAAAUGACGAAAACAGUGAUAUAGGACAUAAACACGAAAAUCAAUUAAACAAUAACAAUCCUAAAGAUGAUAAUGACAAAACCCCCCAAAAAAAAAAAAAAAAUAAAAAUAAAAAUAAAAAUAAAGGAGGCAAUAAUUAUGGAUUUUAUCCUACGACAUCAUCGUCAUCAACGGGAGAUGCAUUCCUCGCAGGUUUCUUGAGAAUGAGGCAUAGAACUUAA